AUGGCCCAAGAAAAAGCAGAUAUUCAAUCGACUGAUGAAGAGAUUGGGAACAACAACCUACCUUCAACACAAAAGCAUCCAGUGAAAUGGUAUCGCUCAACAUUCUACAAUGCUAUAAUCUUGGGACUGUGCAACUUCCUCGCGCCCGGUAUCUGGGGAGCCAUGAACUCGGUCGGCGGAGGAGGGUUGGAAAAGCCGUAUCUCGUUAACGCAGCAAAUGCACUGACAUUCUGCCUCAUGGUGCUUUCAUGUUUCUUUGGGAGUGUAGUGGUCCGCUACAUAGGGAUCAAAUGGACACUCAUUGUCGGCACAAUGGGGUACGCCCCCUAUGCUGCAGGUCUCUACACCAACAAUCGAUUCGGCACCGAAUGGUUCGUUCUGUUUGGUGCCGCUCUUUGUGGCCUGUCUGCCGGCAUUUUUUGGAUGGCUGAGGCCGCCAUUGCGAUCUCCUAUCCGGAGCCACACAACCAGGGGCGCUUCCUCGGCUUCUGGUUGAGCUUUCGCGUCGGUGGUCAGAUUCUGGGUGGUGCGAUUAAUUUGGGCAUCAACUCCAAUCGCGACACGGCUGGCAGUGUCUCUUACUCAGUGCUCAUCGUGUUUAUCGUCUUACAGGCGCUUGGCCCAUUUGCUGGACUGCUGCUGAACUCGCCGUCUCAAGUGCAGCGCACGGAUGGACUUCCCGUGAGACUUCGCAUAGCAAAUAGUCCGCUUCACGAGAUCAAAGAGACAGCAAAGCUAUUCUUCACUCGGAACUUCCUUCUCAUCGUCCCACUCAUUAGUCAGGCAGUCUUUACCGAAGCCGUGAUGUUCACCUACCUAUCACUGUGGUUCUCGGUACGGGCGCGUGCAUUGGGCUCAUUCCUCGGAGGUAUUAUAGCACUGAUCCUUGGCAACGUGCUGGGCGCGUUUUUGGACACCAAGAGUAUUUCACUCAAAACUCGAACCAGGAGUGCCUUCGUGACUAUUCUCACAUUGCAAGGAGCAUGGUGGGUCUGGGGCACUAUCAUUGUUACAGAGUUUAACAAGACCCAGCCGUCGUACGAUUGGGCAGACGCGGGUUUUGGCCGUGGGUUCGCAUUGUACUUGUUCUGGAUUGUGGGAUUCCAGGUAUUUCCUUAUUGGCAAUCUUGCGACGACGAAGAGGAGGUUAUUCGUAUCUCCGGCUUACUUCGGGGCACGGAGUCAGCGGCUCAGGCGGUUUCGUAUGGUCUUAACGCUGUGACGAUCAUGGCUUCGGUCGGGAGUGUUUAUCUCAACUUCGGGCUGUGGGCUAUUUCACUGCUACCCGCGUGGCUAGUUGUCAAAAAUAUCGGGGUCACGCUGGGGGAUAAAAAGAUUCAGAGAGAAACAAGAGUAGACUAG